CAAACUCAAAUUAUUUAGGUGCCCAACAUAAAUUAUUCGUGAAUAAUGAUUUUUUGUGACACCCUCUGAACGGUCAGCAAGCAAUCUCCUUUCGUCGUCGACAUUUUCCAUGACCUCUUCUAUGCAUCCUCGCAGUCUUCUUCUGCCCUACAAAAUCUCACCUCCAACCCUGCCACCACCCUCUCUUUCUCGCUCCUACUUUCAAUGGCCGAAGCGCCUCCGUCCUCCAUCGCCGGCACUUUUUCGCCCCCAUUACACCUAUCGCCGCCUCCUUACUCACGCCAUCAAUCUUCCGGCAGAAAAUCCCGGCGAUCCCACCGAAAGGCUUAACCUUGACAGCAUCGUCAGUCAUGCACACAAGCUGUUUGACGAUUUGCCUCAACCGGUAAAGAAGUUCCCCUGGGCCAAAGCGCUGGAGAGCUUCUUCCGCCUCGUGUUCGAGCUUGCCUGCACGGUGGCUAGGUACCUCUCCAUGCCAGUACUGGCUGUCUCCUCUUUGAGCGAGAUGUCCUACUGUGGUCACGAAAAGAAGCUGGCCUUAAUGCCGUUCCCGUUUCUUAUUGGGUUUGCUCUUGCUGGUGUGCUUUCCGACACUGCAAUUGAGCUCUCAGUUGGCCUCAAGGAAGGAGACCUCCCCUGGCAUUUGCUUAUGGUUGCGACCUUCUUCUUGUUGCUUAAACUACCUGGCCCGUAUUACCCUUAUUGGGGCAGAUUGCUUGUUCCUCACUUCGCGAAUGGUGGAUUGUGGAGGACGUUAUGGCUUAUUUUUUUGUGGUAUAGAAGGGCUGGGAGAACUGGAGUUCAAACUGUGCCUUCUGGUCGUGAUGGCAGCUCUUGAGAAUAAAAUUCC